CAAAAAUCAAAACCAUCGAGGGAGAGACGGAAGCAGCAAAAAUGGCUUCAACUUGCUGCGUAAAUUCGCCUAUGAAUGUGAAAGCUAAUUCUCUCUCUCCCUCUUGUUCAACUAAGCCUAAGCACAUUCUCGCUACCCAUUUGAGCUUUGCUUCUAACAACGCAUCUUUCUCUCUCAAUUUACAUGAAAACCCUCGUUUUCAGAAGACCCGCUCGCCCAAGGUCGUCAAUUUCCAGGUAGUGGCAUCAUCGGCAAAGACAAAGCCUUUAAAGAUAAUGAUAUCAGGAGCUCCUGCUUCUGGUAAAGGUACUCAAUGUGAGCUCAUCACUAAGAAAUAUGGCUUGGUGCAUAUUGCUGCUGGAGAUUUACUGAGGGCUGAAAUUGCUUCAGGAAGUGAAAAUGGGAAGCGAGCAAAGGAAUACAUGGAGAAAGGACAGUUGGUACCAGACGAAAUUGUUGUCAUGAUGGUGAAGGAACGUCUGUCGCAGCCAGAUUCUUUAGAAAAGGGUUGGCUUUUGGAUGGAUAUCCUAGGAGCUCAUCACAGGCAACUGCUCUUAAGAAAUUUGGUUUCCAGCCUGAUCUUUUCAUUCUCUUAGAAGUCUCAGAAGAUAUUCUUGUUGAGAGAGUUGUGGGUCGUAGGUUAGAUCCUGUAACAGGGAAGAUAUACCACUUGAAGUACUCUCCCCCAGAAACUGAAGAAAUAGCUGCGAGGCUAACCCAACGCUUUGAUGAUACAGAAGAAAAGGUGAAAUUACGUUUGCGUACGCAUCAUCAGAAUGUGGAGGCAGUACUUUCAAUGUAUGAAAACAUAACAAUUAAGGUUAAUGGAAACGUGGCAAAGGAGGAUGUCUUUAUUCAAAUUGAUAAUGCUCUGACCAAACUACUUGAGCAAAAGAAAACCGCUCUGGCUGCAUAGAUGAAGGUGCGGGUGGUUCAGUGUUGAUAGACCUUGAUGGAAGGAGAGAAUUUUGUUGCAUGACUAAGCAGCUACGGAAAAUGCAUGGCAUUAUCAUUAUAUGUAUAUGCCUCAUUAUUUGACUAAUUGGUUGUACGUACAAUCGCUGUACGAAAGACUUUUUGAAUUGUAUGUCUUUAAGAAAAAGUGAUCAUCAUGAUUAAGUCUAAAUUUCUGGAGAUUUCUUGUUCAA